AUGAGCAGCGGCGAGCGCGUGAAGAAGUCGUCCAAGGUCAAGGACGCCGCGACGGGCGUCGAGGUGGCCAUCCCCGCCCCGCCGAAGAAGCUGAGCUCCUGGACGACGUUCUUCCGGCUGCGGAACAACGACGUCGCGCGGGCGAACCCGCAGCUGGCCCAGAAGGGCGUCAUGGAGCUGCUGGGCACCAUGUGGAAGGACGUCGGACCUGCCGAGCGCGCCGACCUCGACGCGCGCGCGGAGCGCGAGUUCAAGCGGAAGCAGAAGGAGUGGGACGCGGGCCGGGACGAGCGCGAGUUCGAGCGCAUGCAGGCCGCCAAGGCUUUGGGUUUAGCGCUGUCCACGUCCUGGGAGGAUUUGGUGGACGCCGUCCGCCGGCGCAACGGCGGCGGCGCCGCCGCGCCGUCGCCGAAAAACGCCGCGGCCCGCGCGGCUCCCCCGGCGAAGAAGAAGGUCGUCGUCGCCGGCGCCGCCCCCGCGCCGGCGCCGACGGCGUCCACGGAGGGCCGCUCGCGGAGCUGGACGGAGUGCUGGAUGGGCAACGCGCGGCGCAAGGCCGUGCUCAACGGCCUCGACGCGAUCUUCGCCAUGGCCACGGAGGAGAAGAACUUCGAGCACUUCGGCAACGACAUGGUCCAGUGCUUCUUCGACGUCGCCACGGUGACGGGCGACCCCGUGCGGUCGCGCGCGCUCAUGUACGUCGAGCAGCUGGCCCAACGAUGGCGCCACGGCGUCGUGGCGCGCGGCUGGCGCCACUCCGCGACGCUCCGGCCGUCGCCCCAGAACAUCCUGGAGACCGUCGUGGGCAUCUACUGCAUGGAGCGCGUCGGCGUGAGCUCGCACAAGCUCAAGGAGGACGUGAAGCGCGCCGUCGACUGCGCGGGCGAGUACGCGGCCCCCGACGGCGAGCCGCCGCUCCUGCCCUACGGCCCCGUGGACUACCUGGGCUGGGACCCGGCGCGGUGCCCCGGCGGCCCGCCCGACGACGUGCCCGAGGUGCUCUCCGGGGAGACCGCGUCCAAGUACCGGACGCUCUGCAACUCGCUGAUCCACAGCUACUACGCGGAGCGCGCGUCCGUGGACAUCGGGUGCGCCUACGCCGAGGUGCUCGCGCACCUGCGGACCCUGCGGCCCUACAGGGGGCCCGCGGACCUGCCCUGGGACGCCUACGUCGACCAGUGCUACCUCGUCACGCACGUCGUCUUCACGCUCAACAACUGGGGCGAGCUCGCGCUCGAGCCGGACCUGCUGCCCCACGAGCACGCCUUCAUCAAGGAGCACAUCGGCAUCGCCAUCCGCGAGCGCGACGUGCAUCUGGUCGGCGAGUACGUCGAGUGCCUCCGCUGCUUCGGGGCGACGGACGCGGACGCGUCGGUGCAGCUCGGCAUCACGUUCCUCCUCAACGCGCAGGACCAGGCGACGCACCGCUGGGACGUCGACAUGGACGCCUACACGUCCUACCACGCGACCAUGGUCGCGUCGCAGGCGCUGCUGGCGCACUCGUUCCGCGGCUACGGCCCGGGGCUGCUCGGCGCCGUCGACGUCCUCGACAAGUGGCGCGCGGCGGACUGCCCGGAGGACCUCCCCGUGGAGCACCCCGACGCCGCGCUGCUGCGCAAACUCGCGGGCGCGCCGCCGCCGUCGUCGGCGCCGCCGCCGCCCGUCGCGCCCGUCGACGUCGACGCCGCGCCCGCGGACGGCGCCGCCGCCGCGCGGCCGUCGCCCAAGGCCGCCGCGCGGCCGUCGCCGAAAGCCGCCGCGAAGCCGUCGCCCAAGGCGGCGGCGCCGGCGAAGAAGCGGCCCCUCGAGGACGCCGCCGCCGCCGCGCCGGAGAAGAAGAAGAAGGCCGCGGCGCCGAAGCCGCGCGCGCCGUCGCCCGCGCCGCCCGCGAAGGGCGGCCCGCCGCCGCCGACGCAGCUCCUCUCGCCGCCGCCCAAGGCGCCGUCGACGCCCAAGGCGCCGCCCAUGCCCGCGGGCGACGUCGAGGGCAUCAACGGCGAGCUCGCGGCCGCCGUCGGCGCCCAGGACUACGGCGCCGCGAUCCGCCUCGUGAAGCGGCUCAACGACUCCCACAUCACCGUCGGCGUCAUGAAGUCGACGAGCAUCGGCAAGACCGUCGCCGAGCUCAAGAAGGCGCCGGACAAGAAGCUCGCCAUGGCCGCCAAGGCCCUCGUCGCGAGCUGGAAGCAGGCCGUCCGGGACGCGGAGAAGACGACGUCGACGCAGCCCGCCGCGGGCUCGAAGAAGUCGCCCCACCAGUACUCGUUCACCGCGACGUCGCAGUGUAAAGCCUGCGGGCAGCGCACGACGAGAACACUCCCGGCCAUGGGGCAGCCCGACCGCCACGCCGGCGACCCGAAGGCGCCCUUCGCCCAGAUGAUGAUGGUGGCCCUCAUGAUGUCCAUGGGCGUGGGCAACCUCGCCCUGCCCCAGGGCGUGGCGACGGCGGGGCUCGGCGCCUUCUUCCCCAUGUUCGUCGCCGUGUCGGGCGCCAUGAUGUGGUCCAUGAUGGCCAUGCUGCGGGCCAAGGGCGCCAUCGAGGAGCGGGGCAUCCGCGUUUUUACUUAUCAGGACCUGGGCUACGACCUGCUCGGCGGCACGCUGGGCAAGCGCCUCGUCGACGUCAUGGUCAUCGGCUACCAGUUCGGCGUGUGCUGCGCCUACUUUAGCUUCGUGACGGCGACCCUCCGGGAGCUCAUGCCCGGCGGGCUGAGCAGGGUGCAGUGGACCGUGCUGCUCGCGCCGCUCGUCGCGGUGCCGUGCAACCUGCGCCACUUCCGGGACCUGGGCCAGCCCGCCAAGGUCGCGACGGCCUGCUACGUCGUCGCCUGGGGCACGGUCAUGGUCUACGCCGGCGAGCGCCUGGCGACGCGCGGCGAGGCGCACAACGACUCGCUCGCGCCGAGCGACGACCGCUACUGGUACCUCGUCAAGUUCUUCGGCAUGCUCUGCUACGCCUUCGAGGGCAUCCCGGCGACGCUCUGCCAGAUGGCGAACACGCUGAGCGAGCCCGAGCGCAUCGGCGAGCUCGUCCUCACGUCCCUCGCGGGCAUCUCGGCCGUGCUCGUGGUGACGGGCUGCGUCGGCGCGCUGGCCUUCGCGUCGCCCGACGACCCCGUCACGCUGAACCUCAUCGACGAGUUCGGCAAGGGCGGCAUCCCGGGGCUCGUCAACGGCCUCGUCGUCGUCGCGGUGCUCCUCAAGUACCCGCUCCAGUUCUCGCCGAUGAUCUCGCAGAUCGAGCAGAACUGGGGCGAGGGGCCGGGCGCGCGCUUCCGCGACGCGCGGCCCGAGUCGUCGACGCUGCCGCCGGAGGCGCGCAAGCUCCUGGCGCAGGACCUCGAGACCGACCGCGGCGACUCGAUCUUCGUCGGCGAGCACGACGGCGGCAUCCGCGUCGUCUUCGCGCGGACCGCGCUCGUCGCGGCGACGGCGACCAUCGCCGUCGUCGUGGGGGACCUGACGGACAUCAUCGCCUUCGUGGGCAUCUGCUUCGGCCCGGGCCUGGCCUUCGUGCUCCCCUGCUUCUUCGACAUCGUCUGCAUCCACCGCCGCGCUUACCGCCGGUCCAAGCUCCAGCUCGCCGUCUCCGUGGCCAUCGCCCUCUCGAUGACCUUCCUCUCCAUCCUCGGCUUCGCCCAGCAGAUCCUCAUCCUGCUGCCGCUCGCGCUCCUCGUCUACAAGUGCCGGCGCUACUACUUCCUCGCGCGGCGCGUGAUCCAGAUCUACUCCUUCGUCAUCCCGCCCUUUGUGGACUUCCAGCUGCUCAAGCUCCGGAGGCGGCUCUGGGGCUGGGACAAGGAGGAGUUCCACGACGAGAAGUACAAGUUCCACGAGCGCUGCGCGAACCGCGUCUUCGUCGCCGUCUGCACGCUCGGCGGCUACUUCAUCAAGAACGGCCAGCGCUUCGCGCUCAUGAAGGGCCUGCUGCCGAAGCCGUACUACGCCGCGCUGCAGCCCCUCUUCGCGGAGGUGCCGGAGCGGUCCUUCACGGUCAUGGCCAAGGUCUUCCACGACUCCACGGGCAAGUCCAUCACGGACGUCUUCGAGCACAUGGAGCCCAAGUGCCUCGGCGCCGCGUCGCUCGCGCAGACGUACAAGGGCACGCUGCGGCCCGAGUACCACGACGGCAAGAGCGACACGCGCGACGUCGUCGUCAAGAUCCAGUACCCCGAGGUCGACAUCCACUUCGCCCUAGACGUGCAGAACAUCCUGCUGCUGACGCGGCGGUUCCUGCCCGACGCCUACGACUCGACGAAGGCCGAGGCGGACCAGCACAUCCGCGAGCUCGAUUUGCGGAACGAGGCGGACAACCUCAAGCGCGUCGGCGUGGCCAUGGAGCGCGCGGGCCUCAUGCCGAAGAAGCUCGUCGUGCCCCAGCCCGUCGAGGCGCUGACGACGCGCAAGACGUUGGUGAUGGACCACCUCCAGGGCACGACGUUCGAGAAGGUGUCGCGGAACUGCCUCGAGCAGAUGCGCAAGGCCAAGGGCCUGAAGGACGACAAGUCGCUCAAGGUCGAGGGCAUCCAGGGCGCCGCGGAAGCCGGCGCCGCGGCGAGCGACGGCGGCCACGGCGACGCGUCGUCGAGCCACGCGGACAAGCACAACCCGCUCUUCCACGGGCCGUCGAAGCUCAUCCGCACGAUCGGCCGGAAGACGCACAUCGUCGAGGGCAAGGUCGUCGAGUCCUUCACGAAGGUCCAGCAGCUCCUCAUCGGGCUGACGAAGGCGCGGGAGAUCAUGGGCGACUACCAGCGCAUCGUCCACACCAUGGAGCUCGUCGCGCAGGCCGAGGGCUACCAGAUCUUGCUCGACGGCUGCGUCAACGUGGACCCGCACCCGGGCAACAUCAUCUGCAUGGACGACGGCCGCGUGGGCCUCAUCGACUUCGGCCAGUGCGCCUUCCUCGGCAAGCAGGACCGGCGCAAGCUCGCCAAGAUCUUCGUCGCGAUCCGCGACAACGACCGCGACGCGACGAUCGCGGGCAUGAAGGACCUCGGCUUCGCCUGCAAGAACGAGGACGGGCCCAUCAUCGAGCGCUACGCGGUCUGGGCCUUCGACCGCAUCGACAUCACGCCGUUGCUCUACGACAACCGCGGCGGCCGCAAGGUCGGCUUCAACGUGCUCGGCUUCUUCGUGACGCACCCGCUCGUGUCGACGCCCGAGGCCUACGCGGCCGUGCGCCGCGUCGCCGAGAUGCUGCUGAGCGCGACGCUCAAGUUCGGCGGCAAGGCCAUGUGCCCCCUCUGCAGCGCCUGGAGCGACAUGGCCGACGAGCUCCUGCUGCAGGAGGACGACGACGACGACGACACCGGCGGCGGCGGGCCGCUCAAGUUCUUCAACUUCUUCCGCAAGGUGCGCCGCAAGUCCUACCGCCACCACCUCGCCGUGAGCCUCGAGAACAAGCGCAAGAAGGCGCUGGGCCUCGACAUCGUCGAGGGCGCCAUCCGACACACGCUCUCCGCGAAGCAGAUCGCGGACUGGAAGAAGCGCAUCAAGCUCCUGGAGCUCAAGGAGAAGAAGGAGAAGGAGGCCAAGGACCCGAAGAAGAAGCACGGGUUCCGCUUCUCGCGCCACGGCCACGACGACGACGACGACGACAAGGUCACGACAGACGACGGCAAGGACAUCGUCAAGCUCGAGAUCGUCGACCCGGAGGCGCCGCCCGAGCCCCUCCUCGUCCGCGAACACGACCCGGACCGCGCCAACGACGCGACGGACGCCGCGCAGCUCUUCGACGCGCACAACACACGACCCGCGACGCGCGACCGACGCCGCGCAGCCCCGCGAGCACUCCCGAAACCCGCCGCCGCCACAACCACCACCACAGCGACGAUGCGCUGGCUCGACGCGUCCGCCUACCCGGCCUGGGCCGAGCUCCUCGUCGCCUGCGCGCCCUACGCGUCGCUCACGGGCGGGCGCUACCUCAAGGACGACUUCGACGACGCGCAGCCGUCGUCGCGGACCGGCGACGACUUCGACGCGGCCGUCGCGACGGCCGCGGGCGCCGUGGAGGCCUACGCGGCCCGCGUGGAGCCCGGCGCCGCGGCGCUCGAGCAAGACUACGAGCGCGCCUACGCCGAGACCGUCGACGUCGCGGCCGCGGCGACGAUGGUCGCCGCGCUGCAGGCGCUCGACCGCUUCGAGGCCGGAGAGCGGGAGGGCCCCGGGGAGCAACUGACGCCCGAGUUCGUGGGCCGCGCGACCGACGCCCAGCUCGCCGCGAGCCUGCGCCGGGCGCGCGACGCGGACGAGCGGCCGAAGCGGAAGGCGCGGUUGCGCGCCGCGGGGUUUAUCGCGGACUUCGGCGCCGCGCACGGCCUGCCGCGCGUGGCGACGCCGGCGAGCGACGCGCUGCUCGCGGCCUUCUACGCGCGCCUGGACCGCAUCCCGGACUCGCGCGCCGCGUUCGCCGACGCGUUCGCGCCCUACAGGGAGCUCUUCACGAACACGCCCUGGGACGCCGAGGGCGCCCGGUCCUGGGCCAAGGCCCACCCGGACGAGGCGAGCAUCCUCACCAUCGGCACGGCGGCGCUGGCGCUGGGCGUCGGGCUGUUGAGCCUCGUCCCGUAUGAGACCAUCGGCAAGACGGUCGAGGCGCUCGAGCUCGAGGUCUUCGGCGUGGCGGCGGUCGCGCCGGCGGCCGCCACGAGGCCCGCCGACAAGAAGAAGCGCAAGCGCGCGGUGAAGCGCGAGACCGCCGCGGGCUCCGACGACGACGAGCCGCUCGAGGCCAAGACGUUCACCGCCGAGGAGCUCGCGCAGCAGCGCUACGACAAGGCCAAGGCCGACGGCGAUGUCGUCGAACUGUCCGACGACGACGGAGAAGCUCCGCCGAAGCGGCAGCGCGCGCGAUCGGAGGAGUCGCCCCAGGCCGCCGCUCAAGCUCGCGCCGCGCGGCAGCAGGCCGAGGCUCAGGCUCUCCUCGCGCAGCAGCAGACCCAGGCUGCAGCUCACGCCGCGCAGCUGCAGGCCCAGCAGCAGGCUCUCGUCUCGCAGCAGCAGGCCCAGCAGCAGGCUCUCGUCUCGCAGGCGCGGGCCCAGGUUCAGGCGAGCCUCGCGCAGGCGCAGGCCCAGACUCAGGCGCACCUCGCGCAGGCGCAGGCCCAGGUUCAGGCGCGCCUCGCGCAGGCGCAGGCCCAGACUCAGGCGCACCUCGCGCAGGCGCAGGCCCAGACUCAGGCUCGCGCCCUGCAGCAGCAGCAGCGCCUCGCGCAGCUGCAGGCUCAGCAGCAAGCUCAGCAGCAGGCUCGCGCCCUGCGGCAGCAGCAGCGGCUCGCCCAGUUACAGCAGCAAAGGGCGAUCCGGCAGCAGCAGCGCGCCAUGCAGCAGCAGGCUCGGGCCAUGCAGCGCGCCUUCGGGCCGUGGUCACACACCAUCACCAUGAAGACCUCCGCCGCUCGGACCAUCCUCGCCAUCUGCCUCGCCGCCUUCGCGCCGACUUCCGCCAAGGAAAUCUCCCCGAUGACCAAGGCCGAGUCCUACGUCGUCGCGAACGACCUCCUCGCCGCCAUGACCGAGACGAUGGCGUCGGGCUCGAUGGCCAAGAUGGCGAAGAAGUACUUCGCGCCGACGAUCGAGUGGGACUGGUCCGGCCCGCAGACGGGCUCCGGGUCGCCCGACGACCUCGUGAAGGAGUUCGCGGCCACGUGGGGCUCCAUGGUCUCCGUCUUCCACCCGAGCGACCCGUUCGUCGUCCUCGACUCCGUCGCGAAGAAGGUCGCCGUCGCCUUCAGCCUCGUCAUCAACGUCGACGGCGCGGGCAAGGCCCCCGCGUGCCUCAUCACCAACAACCCGAUCCUCUUCACGUUCACCUUCGACGACAAGGGCAAGGUCACGAAGUGGGACGGCCUCUGGGACCCGAACGACCCGUCGCUCGUCGGCUGCGUCACCAAGCUCUCAGCUCCGAAUAUGGGCGUCUCGGCGCUCAUUCAAGUCGGCGCGUGGCUCGAGGUCGACACGGGCGAGCUGUCCAAGGCGCACCGGCGCGGGAAGCUGCUCAAGAAGAAGGCCCUGUACGCGCCGGCGUCGCGCAUCAGCGCCCUCGACGAACGGAAUUUCAAAAAGCGGCACCCCGAGCUCGCGGCCUUCCUGGGCGACGCGACGAAGCUCCUCGCGGAGUACCAGAUCAAGCGCGAGCCCUACGAGCGCACGACCGACGACGGCCACAUCGACUCGGAGAUCUACGUGCUCGCGGCCUUCGACGCGAACGACGAGAGCGUGCAGACCUACGGCGGGCAACGCACCUUCGAUCAUACGGCCCGCCUCGACGAGCGGUACAUCUGCUCCGCAGACGACGACGACGUCCGCGCGGCCAUGCUCUCCGCCGGCCACACCUUGCGCAAGAUCGUCGUCGCCCACGUCGCCGACGAGCACCGCGACGUCGCGGAGGCGCUCCUCAUCGAGUUGGCCAAGGCGCGCUUCGGCGAGGUCAAGUGCGCGCAGUGGCCGACGCGGCAGGUUCCGGAGCGGUGGACCAAGCUCCAGCUCAAGUACCUCCGUUCGCUCCUGCCCGGCCACCCCAUGUACGGCGCGGACACGUGGGCGCCGGGGACGACGCUCCCGGAGUGGCUCCAGCGGCGCGCGCCGGGCCGCACGCCCAUGCCCGAGGGCCCCGCGCUCGAGCGCAGGCGCAAGGUCUCCAAGGGCGUGACGGUCCAGGCGCGCAAGAACGUCAAGAUCGCGCGCCGCGACGGGGGGCUCACGCCCGCCGCGGUCGCGCGCGAGCUGGCGUCCCGGUGGAAGCCCGGGCACGCGCACGACGAGAAUCUCUCUGCCGACGCGCUCGCGCGGCAAGAGGCCGGCCAGUUCAAGCCCGGGGACGGCCAGUUCAAGCGUUUGUGGAAAAAUAAGCCGGACGCCAUGCUCCUGACGACGCGGCGCCGCGGGCUCGGCUACUACGCGCUCGGCCAGCUCGAGGACGCCUUCGCUCGCGGCGAGACGAGCUUCGCAUGCAAGCCGGACCCGCUGGACGAGGAGUCUCUCCCCGUCGCCUGCGAGUUCCAGCGCUUUAAGCUCAACCGCGUCGCGCGCGACGAGCACGGCAAGCCCGUGCACGACUCGACGAACAAGUCGGGCGACUUCAUCGUCGUCGACACGGACGGCGACACGUGGUUCGCCUACGACGUCGCGCUCUCCAUGGGCUUGAUGGAGGAGAAGCUGGCCGAGCGCGCCGCCUGGGAGGAGCGCAAGUCCGCGCGCCUCGGCGCGAAGAAGCGCAAGUCCGCGCGCCUCAACGCGCCGCGCAAGUCCGCGCGCCUCGGCGCCGACUCCCACACCUGCCUCCUGUACUUGACGACCGGCUCGGGCCUCCGGGGCCCGCUAAUGGCCCCGGCGAUCAAGGCCGCGAGCUCGUCGCGCGUGGCGUUGCGGGCCGGCGUCGGGACCGCCAUCUGCGGCCGGCCGGGCGGAAGCUCCGCGGCCGCGCGGACCGCGGGGUCGUCGACCUUCGCGUCGCCGUCGACGCGCGAGAACAUGUGGCACCACGGCGGCUUGCCCGGCGGGUACCUGCGGGACGAUCGCCACCUCUCGCAGCCCGACGAGUGGCACAUGAUGGUCUUCGGCGUCGACUUCGUCAAGAACAUCAUGAUCUUCUUCCAAUGCCUCGCGGGCGUGCGGAUGCGCGAGCCCGAGCAGCGCAUGCUCGCCGCGACGUUCAUGUUCAUGACGGCGGCCGCGCUCCUGAACAUGUUCCUCUUCCCCGCGGGCGACCGCAUGCCGCCCAUGGGCGUGGGCUACACCGUCAUCAUGACGUGGCUCUACGGCGCCGCGUUCGCGCAGAAGGUCGACGAGGGCAAGAAGACGAAGUAGGUCACGAUGACCGCGACUCCGAGGGCCGCCAGGCACCAGACCGCAAGAAGCCAAGACCACGAGAGGUCGCGAGGGAACGCCGAAUAAAAAUUACGGCCGG